AUGCCGAAUCUAAACAUUCCUGAAUCUUUUAAUAAAACAAAGGCCGUGAUUAAAGAUUUAGGCCUUGAUUAUAAAAAGAUUCAUGCAUGUCCAAAUGACUGCAUGCUAUAUUGGAAGGAGCACGAGAAUGACACUUUUUGUGAGAAGUGUAAAGUUUCAAGAUGGAAGGAAUUUGGUGAAGCACAUGGUGAGUUAGAGCAACAAAAGAAUGAGCAGAAAGUGCCUGCAAAAAUUCUAAGACACUUUCCAUUGAUCCCCAGACUUCAAAGGCUAUUUAUGUGCUCAAACACUGCAGAUUUAAUGAGGUGGCAUGAAGAAGAGCGCUCAAAAGAUGGAAAAAUGAGACACCCUGCUGAUGGUGAAGCUUGGAAAGACUUUGAUAAAUGCCAUGCUAAUUUUUCUAUUGAGCCUCGCAAUGUAAGACUUGGUCUAGCAAGUGAUGGCUUCAAUCCAUUUAAGACUAUGAGUAUAUCACAUAGUACAUGGCCAGUCAUGAUGGUGGUGUAUAACUUUCCGCCAUGGCUAUGCAUGAAACCCGAAUACACAAUGUUGUCACUACUAAUUCCUGGACCACAAUCACCUGGAAAUGAUAUUGAUGUCUAUUUGCAACCACUAAUUGAGGAACUAAAGCAAUUAUGGGAAAUAGGUGUAGAAACAUAUGAUGCCUCAAGAGAUCAAAAAUUUCAAAUGCAUGCAGCUCUUUUGUGGACGAUUAGUGAUUAUCCUGGGUAUGCUAUGUUGUCAGGUUGGAGCACUAAAGGAAGGUUGGCAUGUUCAUGUUGCAAUUAUGACACUCAUUCGUCAUACUUGAGACACAGCCAUAAGAUGUGUUAUAUGAACCAUCGUGUGUUUUUACCAACAAGUCAUCCAUGGAGGUUGAAUAAGAAGUCAUUCAAUGGAAAGAAAGAACUUGGGUCUGCACCAACUGUGUUAGAAGGUACUGAUAUUGUAGAAAUCUUGAAGGAUUUUAACAAUGAUUUUGGAAAGUAUAGAAAAAAUAAGAAAGAUGGUCUAUGGAAGAAAAGAUCAAUAUUUUUUGAGUUGCCCUAUUGGUCACAAAAUACAUUACGUCAUAAUCUUGAUGUAAUGCAUAUUGAGAAAAACAUAUGUGAUAAUAUUAUUGGGACUCUUUUGGACAUUCAAGGCAAGACAAAAGAUCAUGUCAAUGCACGCUAUGAUUUACAAGACAUGGGAAUUAGAAAGAAUCUUCAUCCUUGGGAGCUUGAUGGAGGUCGUGUACAGUUUGCAAAAUCUUGUUUUUCAAUGAAUGCACAUGAAAAGUCAAUUUUUUGUGCUAUUUUAAAGUCCGCCAAAUUACCAGAUGGGAUUGCAUCAAAUAUUUCAAAGUGUGUGAAUGCUAGUGAAAAGAAAAUAAGUGGUUAUAAGAGUCAUGAUGCACAUUUCAUGCUACACUACUUGUUACAAGUUCCAAUAAGAUGCACAAUGCUUGAUGUAGUGGCUGGCCCUUUAAUUCGUUUGGGGUCUUUUUUUCACUCUUUGUGUCAAAAAGUGAUCCAAGUGCAGGAUUUGGAUUACUUAGAAGCCAAUAUUGUAGAAAUACUUUGUCAAAUGGAGACGAUAUUUCCUCUUAGUUUUUUUUGA